AUCUGUGUAGACCUGAGCUGAGAGGAGAGUGAGGGAGUCAGUGAUACAGAAUCAGGAUGAAGAUCAGAACCUCCUCCUCCUCCUCCUCUUCAUCUCCUGCCCUCAACAUCUCCUACCUCCUCCUCAUCUACUGCUGCUGCUGGACUUACUGGGGGAAUGGAGAAUACUGUGAGGUGAACCUGUGCCAUAACGGUGGUACCUGUGUUACUGGUGUAGGAGACGAGCCGUUCUUCUGUAUCUGUGCUGAAGGAUUCGCAGGAGAUACCUGCAACGCCACCGAGAACGGUCCGUGCAGUCCGAGCCCGUGUAAAAACGAUGGUGAGUGUGAGGUGAUCUCUAACUCCAGACGAGGAGACGUGUUUAACGGAUACGUCUGCAGGUGCUCACCGGGGUUUGAGGGCGUGCACUGCCAGAUCAAUGUGAACGACUGUGCCAACCUGCCCUGUAAGAACGGAGGAAAAUGUCGGGAUCUGAACGGAGAUUACACCUGCCUGUGCCCUUCACCUUACGUAGGGAGGCAGUGCCAGUUAAGCUGUAUCUCUCUGCUGGGGAUGGAGGGAGGUGGUAUCGUGGAGUCUCAGAUUUCAGCCUCAUCAGUGGACUUCGGGAUCCUCGGUCUGCAGCGCUGGGGUCCUGAACUCGCCCGCCUCAACAACCAGGGCAUGGUGAACGCCUGGAGCUCCGCCAGCCACGACAAAAACCCCUGGAUCGAGGUGGAUUUGCAGAAGAAGAUGCGUCUGACUGGCAUCAUUACCCAGGGUGCCAGUCGCAUGGGCAUGGCUGAGUUCAUCAAAGCCUUUAAGGUGGCGUCCAGCUUUGAUGGCAAAGUCUACGCCGUGCACCGAGCUGAGGGCCAGAGGAAAGAUAAGGUUUUUGUUGGGAACACAGAUAAUGACAGCACCAAAACCAACCUGUUCGAUCCUCCAAUCGUGGCUCAGUACAUCCGCAUCAUCCCCGUGGUGUGCCGCAAAGCCUGCACUCUACGUCUGGAGCUGAUCGGGUGUGAACUCAAUGUGUUCUCGAAUGCGAUUGGCUGCGUUGAUCCUCUGGGUAUGAAGUCUCGUCUGAUCUCAGACAGCCAGCUCUCGGCUACCAGCGCUUUCCGUACCUGGGGCAUCGACGCGUUCACCUGGCUCCCUCACUACGCUCGCCUGGACAAACAGGGCAAGACCAACGCCUGGUCUGCAGCCAGCAACAACCGCACCGAGUGGCUGCAGCUGGAUUUGGAGAAGCCUAAACGGAUCACAGGGAUCAUCACUCAGGGAGCGAAAGAUUUCGGAGUGGUUCAGUUCGUCUCUGCGUUUAAGAUCGCCUACAGCGACGACGGACAGACCUGGACUGUAGUGAAAGAGCAAAUCAGCAGAACAGAUAAGGUUUUUCAGGGAAACAUAGACAACAACACCCACAAAAAGAACGUGUUCGAGCCGCCGCUCUUCGCCCGGUUUGUGCGCUUCCUGCCGUGGGAGUGGCACGAGCGCAUCACUGUGAGGAUGGAGCUGCUGGGCUGUGAUGCUUAGCGCCCCUAUAGAUCAAUCCCACAAUCCCCUGCAGCGCUCCUUCUCACCUGCGUAGAGGAACCAGGUGUAGCUCAGUCUCAGAUACAGUUAUAAUAACAGAUACGUUUAGUUUAUAGAUUAAACUGAACUCUGUUAAACAGAAAAAAGCCUUAGCUUUUUAGAAUUAGCAUUUUAGAAUUUUAGCUAUCCUGCUCAUGCUGUUAAUAUGCUUAUUAUUAAUGCUAAUGUUAAUACAGGCACUUUUUACAGAUGUUUUAUGUUGUUGAAGUGUAGUUCAUAUUUCUAAUGUCUAAUAAAAUAGAAAUAACUGAUUUUACAGAUUUACGGAUUUUCAAGAUUUUUUGUUUUCUUUGUACCUUUUUUAUGUUUUUCCAGAUAUUUCUUAAACUUUUAGUUUUUAGCAUUGAUCCACUCUAAAACAAAUAAUAAAGGUGCUCAAUAAAGGUUCUCUAGAGUGAUGCCAUAGAAGAUCCAGUUUUGGUUCCCUACUGCUAGGUUCACACUCACUAUGAACUUCUCCCGUGCAGCUUGAUUUAGGGUGCAUCAGUGCGUCUUUGCUAUCGUAACAACGGGAAAAGUACACUUUGCGCAACUUGAAGCGCAAAGAAAAAGGCAUGUACUAAUUCUCUUGAUUAUUCAUGGGCGUGGUUAGUUUUGGGCGUAAUGUAAAAUAAGCCAAUCAGCGUGUUUCUUGCUCAUCAUUCCCUUUAAGAGUAGAACCAGGUGAGCUCUGACUUUGGUGGAUUGCUAUUUUAACAGCGCAGAAAGAUAGCAAUAUGCCAGAAAUUUAUCAGAACACCACACCCAUCAGUGUAGAUAUAUUCAGAAGCUCUGCUGCUAUUUAAACCAGACAGGCGGAAGGAGUGAAAAUUGACUGUUGGCGGGGUGUAAGAUAGCAAUGAGCACCAGAAGCUCAGUAAAGAUGAUUGAGGAAGCCUGAAAACCAGUAAGCGCUAAAGUGUUAAACAUUGCAGGUGGUAAUUUAAUAGCUCUUGGUGAUACAGCGGUUUAAUGUUUAAUAUACAGCUCUGGAAGAAAAUGAAGAGAGCACUUCAGUUUCUGAAUCAGUUUCUCUGAUUUUGCUAUUUAUAGGUUUAUGUUUGAGUAAAAUGAACAUUGUUGUUUUAUUCUAUAAACUACAGACAACAUUUCUCCCAAAUUCCAAAUAAAAAUAUUCUCAUUUAGAGCAUUUAUUUACAGAAAAUGAGAAAUGACUGAAAUAACAAAAAAGAUGCAGAGCUUUCAGACCUCAAAUAAUGCAAAGAAAACAAUUUCAUAUUCAUAAAGUUUUAAGAGUUCAGAAAUAAUCAAUAUUUGGUGGAAUAAUCCUGGUUGGUUUUUAAUCACAGUCUUUUUUUCAUGCAUCUUGGCAUCAUGUUCUCCUCCACCAGUCUUACACACUGCUUUUGGAUAACUUUAUGCUGCUUUACUCCUGGUGCAAAAAUUCAAGCAGUUCAGUUUGGUGGUUUGAUGGUUUGUGAUCAUCCAUCUUCCUCUUGAUUAUAUUCCAGAGGUUUUUAAUUUGGUAAAAUCAAAGGAACUCAUAAUUUUUAAAGUGGUCUAAAAUUGGUAUAAAAUACACUAUUAAUCUAUCAUAUAAAAGCUGAGUAAAAGAAAUGUUUACUUAUUAUCCAAUCAGAACAGAGGGAUCUAACAAUCUAGUGGGCGGGGUUUAAAUAUUGAAGCACUGAAUGAACCACUUCUGACACCAAUCUUUACAUCUUAACUAAUAAUUAAAACUAAAUUUUUUUGUUUUUGAAAAUUGAUACUGUAAAGCUAAAUAUUGCGAUACUUUACGAUAUAAAAUAUCCGUAUAUCGAUAUGUUCUUACACCCCUACUGAUUAGUUGAGUUAGGUAAUGGUUCUAUAAGUGGUUCUUCUGUGGCGUUGUGUGGGAACCCCUUUUAAGAGCAUCUUUUUUAAGAGUGAGCUUCACUUCCAGUCAGCGGAUUCUAAUCUAAAUUGAUGCCAUUUGACCUCUUGGUGCCUGAAAGCACUUACAGAUUCGACCCCCAGUUAUCAGCGUGUGUUCAGACACUCACGUCCACUUCCUGUGGAGUUAGUUAUUUAAAGCAUGGUGGCGGUAGAGCUGGAGGCUCUUGAUUCAGUGUCUUUCUGAGAGACUGUAAAUAAAACUGCACUGAAAACUGAACAUGUACUGAAUUCACCUGAUUCACUAGUGUGUGCACUAAUAAAAAAAUCUAAAUUCUAAAUAAAAAAAUCUAAAUUCUAAAUUUCUAAAUUUGCUUAUGAUUUACAUCAAAUUUUAGGCAAAAUCAGAACUCAAACUUGAGGUAAAUUCAACACAUUUCAGCUACAGAGCAUUCAGUGAUGAUGUAAUCAGGGAUUGUGCAAUAAAUUGGUAGAAAACAAGAAAUAAGAAAUAUAUGUGUUAAGAAAAAAUAAUGAUCAAUAAAGGGAGACAUAAACUAUGAUAAUCAUCAUAAUCUCCACAAUUGAUCAAUCUGUAGAAAUAAAAAAUGUCCCAGAAUUAAAAUUUAAAAUUAUAUUUCAUCAGCUUUUGUGUUUUUAGCUGAUAUAAAAUGUAUUUAUUUUCAUUUGUCCUCGAUUUUUUAAGAUUUAAGUCAAAUUUCAUUUUAAUCCUUUUUAUUUAUUGACAUUUUUUUAAGCAACCAAAUUCAGAUUCAGAAAGUGUUGUGUAGAAUUUUUGCAUUUUGGUUUAAUUAUUAUUUUUUACGAUAUUUCUGAAAUGGAUUGUGUGUUUCUGUCUAACAGACUCAUCAUUAAUAAAUGAUUAAUAAAGGAUUUAUUACUCUGA